AUGAAAGGUUUGAAUAUGGUUAUCGAUCGAAUGAAAUUCCAGCAUGCCCAGAAGCAUGAUAGUUUGGAAGAUGUACCAGAAUUUGAUGAGGAAUUGGGAUUAAAAUUCACUCGCAAUCACCGUAUUGAACUCUGUACAACUGAAGAUCCUCAUGAACGUCUCCUUGCGCUUGAUUACCGUGAUUGCAAUUUCGCUGGACCAUUUAUACAUUGGUGUUUUAUACCACAGAGUGACCUUGCAGAAAGUUCGAAUAAACGCUUGAUCCAAGCUACAAUUACACCUGAUAGCACAGGGACAAGGGUUACAGGGUGCGGGGUGAGUCUCAUAUACUUGGAAGAUGUGCCCAAAUUCGUCCAGAAAUUGAAUAAACACUAUAGUUAUUGCUAUCACGGCUAUCAGCCUGAACAAGAAGAAGAUGGUAUGAGAAGUAUUCCGUUGACAAGUGGGGUUCAAACUGAACAAGAUGAAGUACAGGAACAAGAAACUACUACUUCAACCCGGAUUGUGGGUCAAUUGAGAAGAAACGUGGAGUCAUUGCUUGAAAAACUAUUUGAGGGAUUACAGCGGGGCCUUCCGAAUCUCUAUGAUUAUGGUUUUAUUUUUUGUCUGCGAGAAAGAUUACCGUGGUUUAGUGAACAAAGCAGUUCGUCUUCAUGCACAGUAAACUUACGUCUUCCUCCAAAUCUGCACAACAAUGAGAAAUGGGCAGGACUUUCUCUCUACGUUGUCUGUGCUCUGCCUCCAGGUCUUCCGCUUUUUCGCACUUUCUAUGAGUGUCACUUGUAUACACCUAUUGAGGCUGUGGGCCAUGAGCAACUGAUGCAUCGCCUAAUGUUAUCUUCCUCCUUGGAUGACAAUGUGGGGUCACAUCGACUCCUCAUUAUUCAUAUACCACGAGUACGCUUUCCGGAACGUCUGAAUCGCUGUCAUUUCAUUCAGGCUUUAUUUGGAUGUAGAACUCCAGGUGUGGAGGUUGAAAUGUGUGGGAUGCGUCUUGUAUACAACCAAGAUUUGAAAGGGUUGAUCCAAACAAUCGCCCAUUGCACCAAUGAUCGGCCUGCUUACUACGGAACUGGUGAUUUUACAGAAACCAAGAAAUAUAAGGGAAUUAGUUUGGGAGCUACAAGUUUGCUAACGAAUCUGCUUGAAGCAGCCAAAUCCAGCGAGCACAGCUCUGUCAGUGAAGUUUGUCCUCCUUUCAUGCCUAUAGAUUUCCGUCCAGGAACUUAUUUUGCUGAGGACUCCCAACAUGAAAGAAAAACAACACCAAUUCAUCCACUACAGUUCUUUGGCAGUGCCUUUAAUCUUACCAACAAAAUGAGCUCAGAUCAGAAUCAGCUCCUAAGUGGUUCGGGCAUCAAAGCAGUGGCCCCUCUGAAAAUCCUUCUACCAUCAAAUCUAUGUGAAGACACCAACUGGAUAGGACUAGCUUUAUGUGCAUACUUUUCAAUCCUCGACCACUCAACUACCGACCUUGACAAUUUGAAUCCUGAAAUUUCUCACAACCUUACAUGUGUAUUGGAAACUGAUAAAGGUUGUCUGGAAGCUCUCCAUGGCUAUUGCACCAACAGUCAAGAAUUUGAGUGGUUGUAUUGCAUGGGAGGAUUCAUUUGGCUGUCCUAUAUACCACGAUGCUGGUUUUCAGAUCAGUUGAAAGAACGACGCCACCUGGAGGCUUCAAUUGGAAGUGAUCACGGAAGAUUGGGUGUGCAUAGGUGUGGGCUUCGUCUUAUAUAUCUGGAAGAUGAGGAAGGGCUUAAGGAGACCAUAAUGCACUGCAUGACCUCCUUGUCAGAUAUUAAUCACGGAAAAGAUGAGCAAUACCAGAACUGCGAGGCAGGAUCAUCUGGUAUAACUGGCAGCAACAUUGUAAAUCCCCAUAUUGAAAGAUCAGAGGAGCCCAAUGAUAAGAAAUGGGUAUGA